GGGUUUUCCUGAUGUCUUGAAACACCCAAGUACAUGUCCUCAUGUUCUCGAUGCUAAGGACUGUCCACCUCAUAAUGUUCUUCAUGAUAUACAAAAAUAUUCUCUGUUCUACGAUGCUUUAUACUACCCGCAAUAUAACGAAUCUGUGUAUGCAACAGCCGAAAUUUUUUCUCGUUGGUUGCAACUAUCACUCACCUCCCACUGUGACAGUUUGUGUCUCUCUGCUACGUACGUGCAUCGUAGCGUGUCCAAGCGCUUUAAGACUUAUCGAGCUGCUGCUCGGCAAGAAAAUUUAUCUGCUUUGUCUGCGCCUGUACUGCGAAAAUCCGUGCUUCGUGUUACGCACGAAAUUUUCGAGCAUGUCGGAUGACAUCCUCUUCGAGAGUCUCUCCACAGUUCCCGUCCCACCUGGCUGUGCAACAACGCGGGGCACUCUGCUUGCUGCCGAGUUUCAUAACUUGUAUGGUCCUGAGGUAGCCACUGCUCUACGCACUCCUCCUGUCAUCAGUGUGUCUCUUGCUAUCGAUUCAGCUGCUAUGCGAGCAUCUGAAGCCAUGUCUUUGCUGUGGAUUUCGGCAUCAGUCGAUGAUCUCACCUCCCGUUUAGAGAAGCUGAGACGCACUGAUGUCCAGCUAUGUAUCCACCAACUCGCACCCCGCUAUCGCACGCUCUACAACAGGCUCUCUCAUCGAAAAACGUGCAAUGUGCUUGCUGGUUAUGUUCGACAACGUGCACUGUCCCUGUUUCAUGCUGGAGCAAGUAUUUUGGGUGAUAUUUAUCUUGCGUAUUUUCCGUUCUUGACGUUCGACUCACUUUCGGAUCAGGACAUUUUCCAUCAGAUUAUCACUCACGAGUUUGGUGCGCUCGUUACUGAACGUUUGUCGCACGAAAUCGUGUCGCGGUCCGUCAAGCACAGGACUUUGGAACAUCAGACCUCCCAAAGAUGCCCAGUCCAAUAGUCGCGACGCUAAUGGCUCCCGUGCAUACCAACUUAUACUGCGGCGUAUGCAGCUGCUGCCGUGUGCAGCUUACACGAAGAAAGCUCUGCACGAUUCGAAAGGAAAAAGGAAGGCCGACGACGAGCUCCAAGGCCAGUCACCUACUAAGACCUCGAAGAUGCCAUCGAAGGGUCGUGACUUAUUCGACAUGGAUCUGGGGACUGAUGAGGAGUAGACUGGAAUAGACAACAGUGCUACCUUUGACCUGCGAAUAGCCUGACAGUUCUACGUCUCGAAUGUCAUAUAUUGAUUACUGUUUGCUGUCAUUAUAC